UGUACCCAUCUGGAGGACGUCUGCCAUGGUCACAAGGGUGUUUGUUAUAGUCUGGUCAUAUUACUAACACUACAGAGUCUGAAAACACAAGAAAAGGAUUAUAAAUUACAGUAAAACAUCUCAUAAACACUUCAAGUGGAGCAACAGUUGAGUGUGUAGCUCAAGAACCGAGUAAUAAUGACUCUGCAGUUGUGUACCAUAAACCCCGGCCUAAAGGAACUUGUCCGCAAAUUCAGAUUUCGCCGCGCCACAACCAAUGCCGCAAUCUUAAUGAAAGUCAACCAGCAAUCAUCAGAGAUCAUUCUGGAGGAGGAAUUGGAUAACAUUGAGGAUGUGGAUGACCUGCGGAACUCCAUCCCAGACACGCAGCCUCGGUACGUCCUUAUCUCCUGGCGCAUCGAGCAUCAAGACGGUAGGGUGUCGUACCCCAUGGCCUUCAUCUUCACUACACCCAGAGACUGCCAACCACAGCUGCAGAUGAUGUAUGCAGGGAGUUACAACUACAUGAUCAAGGAGUGUGACCUGACCAAGGUCUUCCAGAUACGUGACUUGGAAGAACUGGAUGAAGAGUGGAUCCAGACUAAUUUAAAGAAGUAAUGGAGGAUAACCAUGAACACCGUACGGACUCCAGCGCACGAUGGAUGUAUCGAGUUAAGUCGCAUUACUCACGUUGUCGAGGAAAUUGGACUUGUAUGUUAAUCGGUUGUUAGUUAACAGACCAGAGUCACCUGUAGGAGUCUGUCAUGGAAAGUAUGUCAAGUUGUCAUGAGGCGCGAGUUCUAUAUAGGCCAAAUUUAUCUUUUAAUUUUUUUGGUGGAAAGCUUUUGGCUACAUUAUCACUGCAGUUUUAUAUACAUUUAUGAAUACACUAUCCAUCUUGCAACUUGUACUACACUUCUGUCACACAACUUGAUAUAAAUUACCACUACUAAUGGGUCCAGUUUGUCUGUUUCUCGUGUCUUCCUUUCAACUUCCUCAUCCAGUGAUCACCAUCUUGGUCACCGACAUUUUUUAUCCUAUUUAAAUGGUUUAUCUCGCUCAGUGAAAUAACUGUGUAGUUUCUAUGGUGAUCUGACCAGUGUACAAAAUUUUUUAUUGAGUGCCAUUUAAGCUUCUGACACCAAUGUUGAGAGGUGUGUGUGAGGACCACAGUAGUGAGGAUUAUGUGUGCAGGAAUACAGUACAGUCUGUUUUGUGGAUAGAAAUCUGAUGUAUGAAUUUCUGUAGUUUAUGUUAAAAAAAAUUAUUAUAUAGUAUGUAACUUAUGUUUAUAAUUAAUAUUAUGAAAUAAUUGUUUUUUUGCAUGCAAUAACUUCACUGCUAGCAAGUAAAUUAUUUUGUUUAGUUUCAAUGGGUGUGUUAUUUGUGACUGAUUUGUGUAAAGUAAAAAUUAAUUACUGACUUACUUUAGAAGAUUAUAGGUGAAUCUUUCUCUCUCAAAACAGAUCAUAGAACUUAUGUGAUACAGUGUAAGAAGCACAAAGAUAAAGAUAUUAGUGUAAGAUGUUACUUUGGUGUAAGAAAGUUUAUAUUAUAAAAUAUUUUGCAAAAUUCUUAAAUAUAAUAAAAAAAUUUAUAACAAUAAAAGGCUCAGACAGAGCAGACAAGUGUAGUUUUCACAUCUAUUUGCUGAGGUGAUAUUUGUUAUUCAGUAAAUAUAAUCUUGACUGCAUCCUACGACUUGCAUUCACUUGCGGAAAUAAAACAAGAUUACUGUCUUUAAGUAAACGAGAGGCUAGCAUAUUAAGAGGUUAAUAUGGUUUUAGUGAUGAUACUGUAUGUACAAUGAUUGUGAUGCAGUUAAGAUGGGAACAAAGACCAUUGGAGUUAGUGUUGCUUUGUAGAGCCUUGUGCCAUAUUAUCACCACGACUACACAGUGUGGCUUGUUAUUGUUGCCUUAUACAGACUAGUUCAAGGGAAUUUAAACCUUUUUAUGGGAAUUUCACCUUCACUUGAAAAUAGCAUUAACACUUUUUAUAAAACACUUUCAAUUUUGUUGUCCUGAAUAUACAAGCAGGUGUGAAGUGUUUAAUUACUUUCUCUUAAAAUGCACUUAUUCUUCAGGAUGUCAAUGGUGUCCCAGAGGAAAUGUGUCUUAAAGCCAUAAGUUCAGUGUUAGAAUAAUUCACAACUGACCUGGGUGUUGAGGGGGAACAAGUUGAUGAAGUUUUUGAUUGAAGAUGACACAGCCAUAAGGUUUAUUUUUUAUCACCCUGUACUGUAUAAGGAGAGUGAUAUGGUUCUUGCAUUAGUUAUGGAGCUUUCUUUUUCAUUUGUGUUUACACUUCAUGGAAGGUGAGUCGUGCGUGAUCCAAAAGACAAAGCCAAAGUUGGUGUGUCUUAGGAUGACACAAGUACAAAUGCUUAUCUUUCACUUAGUAACUUGGUGUGGAUUAUCAUUCAAGUCGUCAUGUAUGAAUAUAUUUAUAUGGUAUACAUACUAGUAAUUAGCCAAUGUAUGUAUGCAAUUAUAUGUAUUAUUUUAUAAUGUGCCAUCAUAGAGUAAAAUCUGCAAGGCAUUUAUAUUCAGUAAAUGUUUCUACCAAUAAGUAUAUUCAGUGUAUAAAUUCACAAGAGCAGGUCAGUGAAGAACAUAUUGUUUUUCUAGUAAUUCACAAAUAAUAAGUCUGCUUUUGUUUUAUUUUCAGAGUAUUAAUAUCUUUUAUAAGAUUUGUCAAGUUUUUAUAUGCAUAAAUUUUAAUUACUAACCUUGACCCUGUAUAUAUAUAUAUAUAUAUAUAUAUAUAUAUAUAUAUAUAUAUAUAUAUAUAUAUAUAUAUAUAUAUAUAUAUAUAUAUAUAUAUAUAUAUAUAUAUAUAUAUAUAUAUAUAUAUAUAUUCCUCAUAAGCUAAUAGACUCAGGCUGGACACUCAUGAAAAGAGAUAUGAAUUUAAAAUCAGGCAAUGUGUGCAAGACAUGUGUUAUACUGUACUGCAUUAAAUCAACUUGAGGAUUAUGAGUCGGUUAUGUGUCCACCUUGAUAGUAACAUCAUCAUUAUCUGCUGGUAGUCCUCAUGCUAACAUCAGUACAGUACUGUAUUGACUUUGCUCUUCAUCUAAGUUAAACAAACCAAGAUUGUUUGUUUUCACUUAUCAAAGCUAAGGUGAAUGUUCCUUGUUGGCUUCACUGUGGAUGGGAAGUAAUUUGUUGUGAUAAUUUUGUUAUUUAUAAAUAAUGAAUCUGCAUUUGUCUGGUCCUACAAAACUUUGGGUAUUGUAGCUAAUAUUGCAUGUUUAAUUGUUGAUGGCUGGCUUGGCACCUUUUUUAAAUCAUUUGUGUUAUUGUUGUUGUUCAAUACCUUAUGAGUUUCAGUUUAUGACACAUUUGCACAAGUCAUACAUUCCCAAGUCUUGUCAAAACUCGGUUUAGGAAACUCUUCCCCGUUUUAGUUCUCUCUCGACGUAGUGGUCAAGCCAUCUACUCAUCACUUUGUUGUUGUUGUAAAGUUCUCUUGUGAUAAAUUCCUCUCUGAUGUUGUCUGUUGUCUAAGUGGCAUUUCUCGGCAUGUUUGAGAGAUGCUUCAUACUGAUUACUGUAUGGUCAUCUGGGAGCUAAUUAUGAUAUAGCAACAACUUGUUGUAUAGUUUUAUUCAUACACUUUAUUCAAUGGUCAUAUCCACACCAACUUGUAUUAAAGACUACAGAGGUACGAAAGAUGUUUGUUCACAAGUUGUAUAUACUGUACUGUACUACAGUCCUUGGUUUAUCUGUUGUAUUACUUUAUUAGUAUGGUUUAUUUUAUGGCUGUGAAGGAACGUAACUGAUACAUCAACCAGGUGAUGAGGUGAGGGCUUAUCACUCCUGUUACACUUCUUUUAAUUCAGAAUCUUUGUUUUGCUUCGUUAAGCAACUUCCUGGGGUAUUUAUCAGCUCCUCUCUGAUAGUGGUGGGAAUUUAAAUCCUGUGGUCAGUAGAGGUCUGAAAUGUAAUUUAGUUGAUGGUCUUUGUGUGGUUCAGCUCCAUCCCUCCUGUUGCUUAUUUGUUCCCUCCACAGAUUUUUCUCACCUGACAACUGGUAAAGAAAAAUGUCAGGGUGUGACUAGUGCUUUAUAAAUGUGUAGAGUAUUCUUAUUUGUCUCAUGUGUGGUGUCUUAGGCCCACUGAGAGACAACACACUCGUGAGGAUAAAUGGUGGUAACGGAAAUAAAAAAAAAUGUUUGCUUAGUUUUCAAAGAAACAUCCACCAGUUAUAAAUAUUGGCAGGUUGGGUUUGCAUGUCCUUUAUUUCUUUUUUCAGUGAUAGCAAGUGCCUGUAAGCCUUGUGCCUCUCCCAUAAGUUCCAGAUUAUUUUUCCACUCUACAGACAGGCACAUUGAUGAGUCUUACAAAUCUGAACAGUUUUCUGGUCAUAAAGGGACAUCUUUUCAAUAGCUUUAGGUUUACCCAGCAAGUCAGCUGGUAGGGUGGGCCCUGUGAAAGACUCCCAAACACCCCUUCCUUCCCUAUCUGCUGCUACAAGUUUUCUCAGCUGAGUCAUUUUAGUUCCCAGUUCUCUACUUAUUAAUCACUACUUCACCAUUUGUCAGGUGUUGUGGGGAACUUGUCAUCUUUCUCUUCUUUUCCCCUUCAGUCUCUUUAUAGGACAAGGAAGCUUUAAAAUGUUGUAUUAUACGAAAUGAAACUGUUUUGUUAGGUGUAGAGUAUGCUGGGGAUUAUAUUAGUUCUUGUACGUACAGUAUGGUACAGCACAAGUACUGACCAUCAAUGUUUCUUAUCUCUUCUUUAUAAAGUAUGUUUGCAGCCUGAGGUUAGAAGCUGAAGUGAUUGGCAAUUGCCAUAGUUAGACCAGCCUGUGUUAAGAAGUAAAGGAUAUAUAUAUAUAUAUAUAUAUAUAUAUAUAUAUAUAUAUAUAUAUAUAUAUAUAUAUAUAUAUAUAUAUAUAUAUAUAUAUAUAUAUAUAUAUAUAUAUAUAUAUAUAUAUAUAUAUAUAAAGUGUGUGUGAUUUUCACUAGGAAUAGAGUGUGGAGCUAUGGCUUUGAUUAAAUAUUAAUACAAAAUUAGUAAAAUAAGAAUUAUGUCUAUUUCAAUCAAAAGACUCAUAAUUUUAUAUGUUACAAUUGUGAUGUCACUGGACAAGCAAAUGUGUGGUGAGGCAGGAGGUGGGUGACAGACCAAGAGAUGAGUGGGGACCAGGAGGUGGGUGGUGAGGCAGGAGGUGGGUGACAGACCAAGAGAUGAGUGGGGACCAGAAGGUGGGUGGUGAGGCAGGAGGUGGAUGGGGGACCAGGAGAUGGGUGGUAGAUCAGGGUGUACGACCAAUCAUACAAUAACAAAAGCACUGUACUCCUGGGACCAAUAUGAACUGUAGGUAAACACUCAGUUGUGUCAGUACAGUUUGUGGUCUAGUGCAGGUGAGUGUUUGUUCUCAUAAGGUAGCGAUUCCACCGAUGUCUGGAGAAAAUGUUCUGAUUACCCAAAAGAUAUUACAUGGCAGUGUUGGUGUCCAUAUAAAGUUAGAUUUCAGUUUGGAAUAUUUUUGGGGCAUUUAAGUUGAAAAAAUUAAUUUGGAAAUUUAUUAUUGGUUUUGUUUUGUUAGACUACUGUCCAGAUGGUCAGAGAGAAGUUAAGAAAGUUCAGCUCACAACAGGGAGUUUACAGAUUGGUCAGGGAGAUUUAUGCAAGAGACUCGAGAGUUAUUUAACAGAGGCUAAAUAAGAGAUAAUCUGUAUCCCUGCUGACACAUACAUAGACAACAGGUAUUCUCGAGCAGAUAGGUGGCAUCUGUUUGGCCAAUACGCUGACUCGUGAGACACAAACUCAUGUCACAACAAACGUGGUACAUAAGAGAGAAAAUGAUCAUUUGUUGUACAGGUGGCAAUAAACACAUUUUAUUUCUGUCACAUUAGUACACAAUUUUCAGGUUGUGCACCAUGUUUGCUUUGACUACGGGGUAUGGCUCAUCUCUCACUGAUUAGCAAAUCAUUGAAUUUAAUCCCAUUAUUCCAUCAUUGUGUACUUGUUGACUGUGUAUGUAACAACAGUUUAAAAUAGAGUGAGCAAACUGUUUUUUGCUUUAUUGUUGAAUUUGAUUAUGAAUUCUGUAACUGCCAUGAAAUGUGCUGUGUGUGUUAUUUUUCUCUCUAUAUAUAUUAGUGUAUUUCCAAAAUGCUGUACAGUAAAGUAUCUGUCAACUGAAACAUUUGGGACCAAGAGACUUCCAUAAAAUGGAAAGAUUAUGGAGGGUGGAUACUAUCAUGAACAUGUGCACAAGGAAAGCAUGCAAUAAACCAUAGUACUUUUGUCAAUUUGAUUAUGUUAUUAGUUUCGACAACUACCCAUACAUUAAUUUACACUCACAGUGUUCUUAAGUCUACAUUAAAGCUUUCUGUAUCAUCAUUCUCCUACAGUCACCAGGUAACGUCUUCCUCAAACUCACCUGAAGACAAGUAGACUCAUCACUCACACCACGCCACACAUUUACUCAGCCAGUGUCCAAUUUCUCCUCAUUUACUCUCAUGUAAUAUGAGGCAAAUUAAAUAAAAGAAAAUUAUUGCAUAUUUUUAUAUUCAUAUUUAGAAUGCUCAAAUCUUUCUUUAAAAGAUAAUUUUUUAACGUACAGUAUAUGAGCACUGGCUCAGACACACUACCAUUUAAGUACUGUACCAACAUUUCACUUAGUUUUAUAUGAAGAAACAAUUGAGUGUUGGAAUUCAGAUACUGUAUUGUAUGACACAAUUUCCCAAUUUUUGCUAUGAUAAAAGAGAGUGAAAUAACUGUACUAAUGUGUGAGAAAAUAUUAUUUGUUAACUAAACUUGUUUCCACGUUUAUGUGGUUUAGACGACCACGGGCAAGCAGUAGUUCUUGCAGGCCAUCAUCCGUACUGAGGAUAUAAAUUCAGGUACUGCAUGUAGCACAAUAUUUUAUCAUUUAUUCUGCAGCAUGUAGUAGACUAUGUUGUUAUGUGUCACAUGGCAGAUGAACAAAUAUAGCACAACAUUUGUACUGAGUGUGGCACGUCAUGUUGACAAGUGUUAAGCAAUAUGUCUGCAAGUAUAUAGUCCAAUAUUUUAAGAGUGUAGCACAAUUUUAAUAGUGUAAAAUUAGGUUUAACAAGUAUAUCCAAUCUUGAUAAGUGUUAUCACAUCACUUUAAAUAAUAUAGCACAUUAUCUAUCACAUACAGAUCACCUUGACAAGUUUAGCACAUCAUGUUAACACAAGUAAACCCAUUUAUUAUCUUGCUUUAAAUUAUGAGACAUAGUGGCCAUCAUUGACAGCAACAGUUGUGUGAGUUACAGGUUAAAUGUUUUUAUCAUAUGAGAAGAAUCUUGCAAUCUGUGGAUCACCAUGUUUUAUUGACUAGUACAUUACUUGAACAUGUGAAGCCUAUUUUAUGAGGGUGAGCUUUGCUUACUGUGUUGAACUUGUGCAGAAAUGGAUAAUGUGAUGAUGAAGUUAGUACACCAGUCUUGAUUCCUGACGUAAGUGGUGCAUGUUAUUGUUUGCAUCCAGUAAAGGUUAAUUGUUAUUAUUUAGCAGGAUGGUGUAACAUUCACUCCAGAGAGUAUCUUUACGGAGGGGCCCGAUGAAUUUCAAGAUGUACACCGCGACUCCUGUUCUCGGUAGGGUUAUCAAAAUCCUUCGUCCGUUGUGUCAUAUUGUCUCGAACAAAAUCGUGAAGAUACUUCUUGGAACGAGUGUACCUGUUGCCAGUUUCUGUGUCAAGACCCCACACUAAGCUGUCCCGCCAUUCCUUUGAGCUGCCACCCUGCUAUAUUAUGGGGUAUGGCAUUCAGGGUGUUAAUUUUAUGUUAUUUAUUUUAUUUAUGUAUGAAUUGAUUGCUUACUUCUCUAAAGGCUGAACUAAUGAGUAAAAUGAGCUGUCAGAGACUCAUUAUUGAUUCUUUGAGUGGGUGUAAGUAUUCUGCAUGUAUGAUGUAAAUAUUUAUUCCAUUUAAAGUUUUUAUUUAGAUCAGUAUUGUUAAUGUUUCUCUUGUUGAUUUUGUACAACUAGUGUACUUGUUUCUAACUCUACUGUAAGUCUUUGUACUCAAUAAUGACAAUAAUUAAAAAUGACAAGAAUAAUAUAAAUAUUAGGUACAGGGUUUUCAUCUUGAAUUGGUUAAAUUGACCACCUUCACUCAUGUCUGGGUUGAGUAACUUUCCCCACAAACAAAAUGAUUAACCUGAUCUUGGUUAUUCUUUUAAUACUUUUGUCUUCACGUCAUCCCAGACACUCCAAAUUAUAUUUCGUUAAAACCCUGUACAGUACAGUAUGUAUAUGUACAGUACAGUCUCAGUAUUAUCAGUCAAAAAGUAAGCUGUUGUAAAUGAAAAGUGAAAUAAUACAUCACCAUAUAUACUGAUUGUAUACUUCCAUAUGAUAUAUCCUGUGUUGACAAUAUACUGAUAGCAGAUUGUGACCCUGAAUAACUGUUAGUAGUCACUAGUCAGUACAUACUCAGGUGGUGACAAUAUUGUUUGUAAUGAGAUAAUAAUGCUGUUUAUAAUGAUAAGACAAUAUUGUUUAUACUGGGGUGACAUGUAGGGCACCCCACAAAGGCUCAGUUUGUCCUCAAGGUAAUAUUUUUCAAAGUGCCACAGUAAAGUUUCAAACUAUUGUACAGUACAGUACUGGUCCUUUGAUUAUUAAGGUGUUCUAGUCCUUGUUAUGUGAUGACAAAUCUAGAUUCUCUGAGAUGUUACACUAUGUCAUAAAUAAAGACUUGAAUAAUAAAA